AUACACAUUUCCCCCUUCUUAUAAUGCUCAAGUGAUCAUUGACUUGUCUCAUAUUUUAACUCAAGGUUAUGGUUCCCAUUGGAUAAAUGGUGCGAUAUAUUCUGUUUCUUAUAACCAAAUUAAAGGUAUAGGCCAAUAUGCUGGUGGUUGGAAUAAUGGUGGUCCAUAUAAAGUCUACUUUUGUUCUCAAUUUGAUACAAAUGCUACUGGAUUUGCAACGUUCUGGGAUGGAACCAUUACUAAGAAUUCAUCAUAUCAAGUUGGUGGCAAUGAUUUCUCCUUAG